ACUUUCCCUGGCCUGCGGCACCUCACCUCCUCCCACCCGAGUAAGAGGAUGGAGGGACUUCUGGGCUCCCACCUCUGUGGCUGUUGGGUUGUGCUUUUCCUCCUGCCCUCCCUGAGCCUGGCACAGUACGAGGGCUGGCCUUACCAGCUCCAGUACCCGGAGUACUUCCAGCAGCCGGCUCCAGAGUACCACCGGCCCCAGGUGCCCUCCGACGUCGUCAAGAUCCAGCUGCGCCUGGCUGGCCAGAAGAGGAAGCACAACGAGGGCCGGCUGGAGGUGUACUAUGAAGGCCAGUGGGGCACCGUGUGCGACGACGACUUCUCCAUCCACGCCGCCCACGUCGUCUGUCGCGAGCUAGGAUAUGUGGAGGCCAAGUCCUGGACGGCCAGCUCCUCCUACGGCCCUGGGGAAGGGCCCAUCUGGCUGGACAAUGUCUACUGCAAUGGCAAAGAGGCGACCCUGGCAGCCUGCUCCUCCAAUGGCUGGGGUGUCACUGACUGCAAGCACUCAGAGGAUGUUGGUGUGGUGUGCAGUGACAGGAGGAUUCCUGGGUUCAAAUUUGACAAUUCGUUGAUCAAUCAAAUAGAGAGCCUGAACAUCCAGGUGGAGGACAUCCGGAUUCGCCCCGUCCUCUCCACCUUCCGCCAUCGCAAGCCCGUGACCGAGGGCUACGUGGAGGUGAAAGAGGGCAAGGCCUGGAAGCAAGUCUGCAAUGAGCACUGGAGCGCCCCGAACUCCCACGUGGUGUGCGGCAUGCUCGGCUUCCCUGCCGAGAAGGCUUACAACCCCAAAGCCUACAAAGCCUUUGCCUCCAGGAGGAAGCUGCGUUACUGGCGCUUCUCCAUGAACUGCACGGGCACCGAGGCUCACAUCUCCAGCUGCAAGUUGGGUCCACCAGUGUCACGGGACCCUGUGAAGAAUGCAACCUGUGAAAAUGGGCAGCCGGCUGUGGUCAGUUGUGUGCCUAGCCAGGUCUUCAGCCCCGAUGGACCUUCAAGAUUCCGGAAAGCCUACAAGCCAGAGCAACCGUUGGUGCGGCUGAGAGGAGGAGCCCAGGUCGGGGAGGGGCGCGUGGAGGUGCUCAAGAAUGGAGAGUGGGGCACCGUCUGUGACGACAAGUGGGACCUGGUGUCAGCCAGCGUGGUCUGCAGAGAGCUGGGCUUCGGGACUGCUAAAGAGGCCGUCACCGGCUCCCGGCUGGGGCAAGGGAUUGGGCCCAUCCACCUCAACGAGGUCCAAUGCACGGGCACAGAGAAGUCCAUCAUCGACUGUAAACUCAACACCGAGUCACAGGGCUGCAACCACGAGGAAGACGCGGGCGUGCGAUGCAACAUCCCCACCAUGGGCUUCCAGAGGAAGCUACGCCUGAACGGAGGCCGCAAUCCCUAUGAGGGCCGAGUGGAGGUCCUGAUGGAGAGGAACGGGUCCCUCGUGUGGGGGACCGUGUGCGGCCAGAACUGGGGCAUCGUGGAGGCCAUGGUGGUCUGCCGCCAACUGGGCCUGGGGUUCGCCAGCAAUGCCUUUCAGGAGACCUGGUACUGGCACGGAAAUAUCUACGCCAACAAAGUGGUCAUGAGCGGAGUGAAGUGCUCGGGCACAGAACUGUCCCUGGCACACUGCCGCCAUGACGAGGAGGUGUCGUGCCCCGAGGGUGGGGUGCAGUUUGGUGCUGGAGUCGGCUGCUCGGAGACUGCCCCGGACUUGGUUCUCAAUGCUGAGAUUGUGCAGCAGAGUGCUUACCUGGAGGACCGGCCCAUGUUCAUGCUGCAGUGUGCCAUGGAGGAGAACUGUCUCUCGGCCUCGGCUGUCCACACCAACCCCACCACAGGCCACCGCCGCCUUCUGCGCUUCUCCUCCCAGAUCCACAACAAUGGCCAGUCCGACUUCCGCCCCAAGAACGGCCGCCAUGCGUGGAUCUGGCAUGACUGCCACAGGCACUACCACAGCAUGGAAGUGUUCACCUACUAUGACCUGCUAAGCCUCAAUGGCACCAAAGUGGCUGAAGGACACAAGGCCAGCUUUUGCUUGGAGGACACGGAGUGUGAAGGAGACAUCCAGAAGAGUUACGAGUGUGCCAACUUCGGCGAGCAAGGCAUCACCAUGGGCUGCUGGGACAUGUACCGCCAUGACAUCGACUGCCAGUGGAUUGACAUCACCGAUGUGCCCCCUGGAGACUACCUGUUUCAGGUCGUCAUUAACCCCAACUACGAGGUGCCAGAAUCUGACUUCUCCAAUAACAUCAUGAAGUGCAGGAGCCGCUACGACGGCCACCGCAUCUGGAUGUACAACUGUCACGUGGGUGGAUCCUUCAGUGAGGAGACGGAACAGAAAUUUGAACAGUUCAGUGGACUGCUAAAUAACCAGCUCUCCACGCAGUAAAGACUUGUAGCCAGGUGUGAAGGCUCAUGCCUGUAAUCCCAGCACUGAGCAGGCCGAGGCAGGAAGAUUGACACGAGUUCGAGACCAGCCUGGACUACAUAGUGAGAGACUCCAUUUCAAAAAAGAAAAGAAAAGAAGAAAGAAAAGGACAAUCCAUGGUCACCUCUUGACUUCAGGUGACACUCCAUCUCCCCCACAGACAAAACUGAUCACCACAGCCCUGUCUGCCAGCCCUGGCUGCGAGGAUAGGUACUCCCUCGUUCAACAGGGGUUUCUGCCUGACCUUGGACCUGGGGAGGCCUCUGAGCAGGGGCUUUGCCAUGUGGCUGUGGGAGCUGGGUGACUGGCUGUCCUCAGCUUGUCCCUUCUAAACUUCCGCAUAUCCUGAGUGUGACCUCACAGAGCUCUGCACAGACAGGCCAUUUUCCUCUGAAAUUGUGGCAGAUGUGAACUUGUCAACCCCAGGGGCAGUCAGGCCGAAUCCCAUAGGUCGUAUCUGGAAAACUUGAAUCUCUAGACCUCUGGAUCACUUACUCUUCUCGUUGCUGUAACAAAACACCUGACGAAAAUCAGCUUGAAGAAGAAAGGGUUUAUUUUAGCUCCCAGCUCAAGGGUCCAGCCCCUUGCCUGGCAGCGGAGUAGGGGGCAGCAGUGCCCGCAGGCAGAGCAGCAAGAUGAACGCUGGUGCUCCACACGCUGCCUGAUUUUCACUCAGUCUGGGAUGCCAGCCUGAAUGGUGCUGCCCACAGUCACGUGGGUCUUCCCUUCCCUCUUCAGUUAAACCUUUCUGGAAACACCCUUAUAGACAUACCCAGAGGUAUGUUUCCUUGGUGAACAACUCUACCAAGUUAAUAAUCAAGAUUAACUCUCACAAGUCCAUCCCUUGUUAAACUAUCAUCACUUUAAAUCACAAUAUUCCACCCAUGGUACCAACUCUAUCCACUCAAGGCCAUCUUUUUUUGUUUCUUUUUUAAAGAUAGGGUCUCACUCUAACCCAGGCUGACCUGGAAUUCACUAUGUAGUCUCAGGGUGGCCUUGAACUCACGGCAAUCCUCCUACCUCUGCCUCCCCAGUGCUGAGAUGAAAAGGGUGCACCACCACGCCCAGCUCAAGGCCAUCUCUUAAAGCAAAAUGCAUUCACUCCAACUCCAGAAAAUCCCUCCAGUUUUUAGCACUCCCAAUGCUAUUUAAAAAUCCAAAGUCUAUGUCUCUUCUGAGACAAGGUAAUCUCUUAACCACGAGCCCCUGCAAAAUCGAAAACAGGUUACAAAAUUCCAAUAUGCAGCGGCCAAGAAUAAACAAUCCCAUUCCAAAGGUAAGCAAUAGGAUAGCACAGAAAGAUUGGACCAGAAACAAGCCUCAAGCCCAGCAAGGCCAGUGCCAACCCUUGGAGCUCCGUGCCCAGCCUUUGAGGCUCAUAACAGAAUCAUGCAAGCUCCAAAGGGCUUGAGUACACCUGCCUCCCACCCCCACCCCGGCUCUGCCAUAAGCAGUAUGCCACCCCGUCUCAUGGGUCCCCGUUUCUGUGUCUGCAGGGCAGACGUCUCUGUGGUUCUGGGAUCUACGUCACAACUUGGGCUUCACGUUCAGUUUCAAGCAAUGGCCUCUCCAGGCCUCCUUACAGCCACACAUUGUCUGGCCUGGGCAACUCUCUGGAACCUUGGGGCAAACCUCCAUGACACCCCCUCCUGCUCCUCCCCCCUCAGUCUUGCAUCAUUCAUGCUUGCAAAAUCAGUACCGUGUGGGCAACAUUGCCAAGUUCUGCUUCCAGUUCAAGACGUAGCCUGGCCCCUUGAACCAGAGCCAUACAGUGGGCUCUGUAUGCCUCAGUUGCCGAUCUGGGACACCACUUUCCCCGGGCAGAUGCUUUAGAGCAGGGAACCCCUUCUGAAGGAUUCCAAUUCAGGAUCUGUCCUUUCAAGAGAAUUCAACAUUUUCAUAAGCUGGGGCCUUUGAUGGAUAGGAUAGGAUUUUGUUUUUUAUUUCCAUAGGGUUUUUUUUUUUUUUCAGUGUCUCGUGUUGCAGGACGGUUACAAGCUUACUACGCAACUGAGGAUGACCUUAAAUUUCUGAUCCUCCUGCCGGCACCUCCACAGUACUGGUAUUAAAGGCACGAGUCACUAUGCCCAGUUUUAUGCAGUGCUGGGGCCUGAGUCCAGGGCCUUGAGCAUGGUAUAAGCAUGCCAACAAUUAGAGCUGCUUUUUUCAGCAUCCAUUCUGUCUGCACCUUUAAACUUACUCAUGCCAUUUCCUUGCCAAACUGCACGUUUUUUUAAUCUGUCUCCUCCACUUAGUGCUCCCAGUUGUACUUACCUUCUCGUUGCUGGGACAAAGCACCCGACCAAAAGCAGCUGAUGGGAGGGAAGUUUUCAUUCUGGCCUACAGUCUCCAGGGGAAGCUUCGUGACGUCAGGAGAAAGCACGGCAUGAGCAGAGGCUGGGCCUCACCUCUGCCACAGCAGGUGGAAAACUGGAGCGAGAGUGGGCUGAACUCUGGCAGAGGGGAGCUGGCUGUAACACCCCAAAAUCUGGCCCCAACGACACAGCCCCUCAACCAAGACUCCAUCUCCCAAACUGCCACCAGUUGGGGAAUCAGGCACUCAGAACAUGAGUUUAUGGGGGACAUCUGAUUCAAACCACCACUCUUUCACUAUAAACCUGGAUCAGAGUGGUGAGCAGUAACCAUGCAACAGCCUGGAUUCUAUCCUGUCUUCAAUUUCCUCUGCUAACAAAUUAGCACAGUACUUUAAAAAAAUAUAUAUUUGCAUUUAUUUAUUUAUUUGAGAGAAAGGAAAGUAUGGGCACACGAAGGCUUCCCGCCACAACGAACAAACUCCAGACACAUGCACCAUGUGUAUCUGGCUCUAUGUAGGUACUAGGGAAUCAACCCCAGGCCAUAAGGCUUUGCAAACAAUUGCUUUUAACUGAGCUGUCUCUCCAGCCCAGUACAUUACUUUUGAAUUUGGCCUCGCUCAAGUUCUCAGGCAGAAUCAAGGUAUAUUCUUUGCCCAAGUAAAACAAUGAUGGCCUCUAACCCCGUUCCCCCCCCC